CUCCAGUGGGAUCGAGUGCGCGUCAGGGAGUCACGCGUUUGUCGCCUAGAGUGAUAUUGCACUGCCUUUCAUUUGACACGUUUGAUCGCCUUGAGUGGUCUUCAAUUGAUGUGUUUUGCUGGGUGCUUCCGAGGCAGUCUCUGCAAUCUUUCGCUAUGCCACACGUACGGAGUGCAAGUGCUCGCAUUAUGCGUCGGGCGCUGGCUGCUCAAAACGGAUACUGUGUGCAUUCACCUGUUCGUUUGCCUCUGGAAGGUUUGGUGCCACCUACGUGUCUCCCACCACCAGGGCUGGAACGGGCGACUGCCGAUUUGGUUCUAGAUUAUCUCUUGUUGCGCGAUCCACCUGUUGUUAGAUGCAGUUUGGAGGAGGAGGAGGCUGCCAUUACGACUGUUUCGGAUAAUCUUUCUUGCCGUAUGCUUCAAGCCAAAUAUCCAUGUGCCCCUUCGGCAAAUGCUGGAGUGCUGGCUGCUGAUUCCGUGUUUGAUGUUGGAUUGCAGACUCGGUAUAAUCAUUUGGAGGUGGAGCAAGCUGCCGUUACGACACCCUCGGAGAAUUUUUCUUGCAGUUUGAUGCGGGAGGAGGUUGGUCAGGGAUUCGGAGGCGAUCAGUUCUCUCAGAUGAUGGUGGUUUGCCCACGGGUCUCUUCGGUAGAUAUUGGAGUGCAGGCUUCUUCUAGUACGGAUGUUGCGGACUCUCAUUGUGAAGUCGGCUGUCAGACAGAGAGUGUCGUUGGGAUGGAGGGAGGAGCUUCCGGAGUUCUUCUUGGGAAAGUGACUGUGGCGGCGGAGGAGGAGCUGGAGGCGCCCUCGAGUGCGGAGUCUUCUCCGAACGUGCAGUCUGAUUCUGAUAGCCGCGCCUUGUCAGGAGCGUCCCGGGGGUGUCUGAAUCGUCCCGUCACGCUCAAUGAGGUAUCGAAUCCUGUGCGAGGUCACCGCAAGAGCAGCGGCAAAGGCCAACGAUAUCAUAGCAGCGCCAAGCCGGCCAAGAGCUCUAAAGGCGCCAACAUACGAGGAACUGUUCUUGGGAAAGUGACUGAGGAGGCGGAGGAGGAGUUGGAGGCAGUAUCCGAUGUCACGCUCGCCGUGGCAUCGAACCCUGGCUGCAAGGACGAGGAGGAGGAUAAUGUUCAUAUUGAAGCUGUUGCUCAGAUGGAGCAGGAGGAGGUGGCUCAGGAGGAUUUUCGCGUGUACCUGGAGAAGGCGCUAAAUCUUCGUAUCAGAAAAUACAGAUUUGUACGGGCGACUGCUACGGACGACGUCGUGUCAACGGUGCAUGUGCCAGAUUUCCUUUCUGAAUUUCGAGACUGCGAUGAGGACGAACGGGGCUGUUGGAUUUGGGAUGCGUUCCAAACCUUCAGGGAUCACGGUUCAAUCGAAACCGUCUUACAUGACCUUCAGCAGGUUAUGGACAGUGCUGCCCAGCCGUCUGCUCUUGUGAAAGAGGCGAAACACCUUUAUGACAACUUUAUGGAAUUAUGUGAAUUGCAGACCAGCGGAGAGCUUGAUGGACUUAUUUGAAUUGACUACGCAUGCUUCUGUUGUGUUUGUCCCUUCCUCUCCCCCGCUGUUUCUUCCCCUGGGCUCGCUUUGGCUCCUUGGGCUUCCCUGCUCCCCGCUUGCUCUCCCUUUGGCUCCCCGCUGGCUGGACUCAUGAGAGCUACAGGCCGUGCUGUUCGUGUUGCUAUCAAGUCAUGUUGUUUUUGCACUUCGGUAUCAGUGUUCCGACUUCAGAUAUUUACGACAACAGAGACAUUGUAUCAGACGUAUCCGUGGAGGAUGGGACGGUGGCGUGAGUGAUGAAGGCUCUGCUCUAGGUUGCUUUGUGGGGGUCUCUCUUGGGGACAACCACUGGCGACGAGUGUUCCAGGAGGCUUCUUUGCUCCCUCUGGGGGCCACUGUUACAGAAAGCGAGCUUACAGCUUGUGAACGCCUGCUGCAAGGUGUUCGGCAGAUUAUCUCGGAUAUUCUCGAGCCUCCAACCCCAAAGGGGUUGAGAGGGCGUGAGGGCCUCUAGGGACUCUGCGCGGCUAGGGCGCUCGCGCCCUGUGUAGCCGACCCCAACACCCAACCAAGUUUUGAAUGGAUCCCACAGGCGUCUAGCGUGUGGGGGGGGGGCGCGUCGCCGCGGGCGGCGCGGCAGCCAUCGCUGCCUUCAUCGUCUUCUUCGGGUUCAGCAAGAUCGAGGUCAGCUAGGCCGCUGCACUUGUUAUUGUUAUUGGGUGACGGGCCGCGCCGUGUGGCAGGAUGGGGGGCCGGAGGGCAAUGCUGCGCGGUGCAACCGCAGCGUAUAGGCUCCAGCUCAGACGCUCGUGCAUCGGGCCCAGCUGCAGGUUAUAGCGUUUUGUGCAAGAAUUUGAAAUGAUAGUGGGGAUGUACCACAAGGCGGCAUUGUCAUAAAUGUCAGGCCAACGAUGCUGUCCAGCAGGCGCAUCACACGCGACCCACUCAUGCGUAAUUUGCCGAUGCGGGCCAAACAUAUGAUUUAGAUUAUGCGCCGCAUGUAGCGCGUUUGGGCGGCAGCCCCUCCGUGCUGGAACUAGUUGGAGUCUCUCUCGGAUCGGUUUCUAAAUAUCC